AUGUCUGUAAAUUUUGUCAGAAUCANGGGUGAAAUUAAAUCAGCACCUGGCUUGCUAAAUUUUACAGUACAUUCAGAUUUAGGAAGAGUUGUGCAAGCUAUCAUAAGAGAAUUUGAAAGGACUCCCCCACCUCUUACAACAGAACAGUGUCUCAGUAAUUCAUCUCCUUCAGUACCUGUUAGAGAUAUGGAAAACAGAGGGAAAGUUAGUCCAAUUAGUUCUUACCCUGGUUUAAAUAAUUUUUCUCCCCCAACGUAUCACUAUACCUCUUCACAUUUACCACAGUCAGUUACUUUGCCAGAACUGAAUAAUUUAAGUUUAGAUGAUUUACAAUUUUUAAACGAAUCAUUGGAAGCACAAGAGGAGUUUUUAGAGGAACUUCCACAAAUAAAAGAAAUGAAUAAAGCAAUAGAUGAACUCAUUCUGCAGAUUGAAGAACUUGCUGAAUGUAAUUUAGGAAAAAAAGAUUAUUUAGAGAAGCUUAAGGGUGAUGUUGAGGAGAAAAUUGAAGAAGUAACAAAGUUAGCAUUAGAAAAUGAAAAACUAAAUAAUACUUAUCAAAUGCUAUCUGAAAAGUAUUCACCAAAAAAUAUAAAUGAGCAAUUACGUCAGGCAGCGAUUAAUGCUGAUUCUGAAAGUGAUCAUAUUGCUGAAAAAUUCCUUAGCGGUGGAAUGGAGGUUGAUAAGUUCAUAAAUCUUUAUUUGCAUAUUCGCUCAUUGAGUCAAAUGCGACGAACUAAAGAGGAAAAAUUAACCCAGCAAUUACAAAAUUUAGAAAAGGCUGGAUUUUAAUAGACUGCAGUUAAAUGUGAUAUUUAUUUCGUAAUUUAUAUUUAUAUAUCAUUAACUAAAAUGUAUAUUUUUGUCCUAUGGUGAUUAUAACAAAACACAGUUA